CUCGUAGCAACGGCAAACAUUCAGAAGGAGGGACCCGCGAUGAAACGGUAACUUUAAUUGGUUAAACUCCAGUGUCGUCUUUCCUGUGGUUCUCAUGUCUCGUGUCUUCGUCUACGGGACGCUGAAGAAAGGCCAGCCCAACUUCAGGAUGCUGGAUGCGGCCAACGGCCGUGCAGAGUUCCUCGCUCGUGCCCGAACUGUAGAGCGAUACCCGCUCGUGAUCGCCACCAAAUACAAUAUCCCCUUCCUGCUGAACGUGCCCGGGACGGGUCAGCGUGUCCACGGUGAAAUCUACAGCGUGGACCAGCAGAUGCUGCACUUCCUGGACAGGUUUGAGGGCUGUCCGGAGAUGUACCAGCGCACUACAGUCCAGCUGGAGGUGCAGGACGGGGACGGUGAAGGGGAAAACACACUGAAGCCUGAAAGCCUCGUGGAGACAUUUGUGUACAGCACGACAACAUAUCAACCCGACUGGCUCCAGAAACCAACAUAUGAGAGUUAUGAUUCGAAAGGUGAUCAUGGACUGGAAUAUGUAUCUGGUGAGGGCAGAAGCCCCAAGUAAAUACUGUAAUGGUAUCAGUUCACAGGGUCCAGAAAUUAACAUUUUACCACACCUGCCAGUGUCAUGUCACUUUCCAUUCAGGUGUUUUACAA